UUGAGAAAAGGCCGAAACUGGCAAAUGCGAUUCUGUUCGAAAUAAAAACGAAUGACAGUGGCAAUGUUUUUGACACCAGUGCGAACAUCACCGUCAACGAGGGACCAUUAAUGGUCAAGAUUUCUGGGGACUACGAUCAAGUGGAUCAUUUUUGGUGCCAAAAUGUCGUGGACAAAGAAGGUGAAAUUUCUAAGGUAUUUUUAACAAGAGACGAUUUUUCUGAAUACGAAAAUCCAAAGGAAGCCAUAGCUAUUAUAGAUACCAAAAACUUGAACAAAAAUCACACGCAAUGGAAUUGUACCCUGCUUACGCGGAAAGGCACUCAGAUAUAUCAAAAUAAUUUGUAUGAAUAUAAAAACGCAAAUUAUUCAAAAAUAACUUGGACAGGAUCAGUUCAUAUUGCUAGAGAAGAAGCAGAAGAAAACGCACUGCUCUUUAAAUUAAACCACGACGAAAGCGUAUGUGAAAGUGUGGAUCCAAUUCGGAACUUCACAAUUACUGAAGGAAGCACCUUAACCGUCAUUAUUCCAAAUUUCUCUGCAUAUUUUUAUAAAUUUUGGUGUGAAAGAGUUGAUACAAAUCUCCAGAGUAACAGCAAAGUCUUGGAAACAAAUUUGACUCGAUAUGCCGCACCUAAUUCAUAUUACUCUCGUGCCGUUGUUGAUACUAGUAAUGCCAUCCAGUGUCGAUGCGCGGUACUAAACUUCGCAAGUUUACCGCUAGAUGGCAUUGGCAUAGAAAACGCGAUUACUGAAUCGCGAUGUUAA